CGAAUUUUCAUUCUGAGACGAGUAUUACGCCGCGUUUGUACGUUUGAGGUACACCUUCAGCGACGUAAUUAUGUUUCAUUCUUACUUUUUUGACCUGAAGGUGUUACUCUUGAUCUUUGAACCACGCAUUUUUAAAUCUACUUAUGAGAUGCUGAGUCAGUUCGAACGGUGAAUUCAUCUUGAAGAUGACUGAUAUUUGGAAAAAGUGAUGCUCUUUAAAACAUUUUUUCUGUUUAACAUAUUUUAUGAUUAUGGUGCUUGUAAUAAUAUUUGUCUUAUUCAUUGCAUCUUUGGGACGUUCUCUGGGUCUGCAUGACAGUUAUGCAAAAUUGCUUCUUAAAUUAUUUGAGUUUUGCCAGAAAAAAAUAGAGAAAGCUGAAAGGCGUGUGGAAGAAGAUGAAGAAGAAGGAACCGUCAUCAAUUCUUCCAAUUCAGUGAUAUCCCGAGAUGUAAAAUUAGUUCCAGAUCCUUGUCCUGCAAGUGGUGACCUCCAAGAAAAUUCCCAGGCAUUCACUGACCAGAAAGAAUUCAAUCUUGAAGAUAUUUUCGAUUUUAUUAAAACAGGUGUUGAGGCUGUUAUAGAAGAUGAAGUUACCAUGCGUUUUGCUGCUGAAGAACUUCCAGCUUGGAAUCUGCUGACAAGGACUAACAAAAAUUAUCAAUACAUCAGUUUUCGUGUGACUUGCAUUUGGUUCAUAGGUUUCUUUUUACGCUACUUCAUAUUGUUUCCUCUUAGAGUUUGUAUCACAAUUUUUGGAGUUUGCUGGCUUCUUCUGUUUACAUUUUUAGUUGGAUGCUUACCAGACAGCAGGUUUAAGAGGUGGUUGUAUUGGCAUGGAAGCAUUCUGUGCUUCCGAGUUUUUGCGUGUGCUUGUUCUGCAGUAGUCACUUAUCAUAAUAAAGAAAAUCGAGCAGUAAAUGGAGGCAUUUGUGUUGCAAAUCACACAUCUCCUAUUGAUGUUGUAAUUUUGGCCAAUGAUAACAGCUAUGCUUUAGUUGGACAAAGCCAUGGAGGGUUUUUAGGAGUCUUGCAGAGUGGUUUAGGGAGGGCUACCUCGCACAUCUGGUUUGAACGAGGUGAGGUACGAGACAGAGAACUUGUGCAGAAAAGGUUAAAGGAACAUGUUCAAGAUGAAACAAAGCUGCCAAUUUUAAUUUUUCCAGAAGGUACAUGUAUUAAUAAUACUUCAGUAAUGAUGUUUAAGAAAGGAAGUUUUGAAGUUGGUGGCACAAUAUAUCCAGUCGCUAUUAAAUAUGAUCCCAGAUUUGGUGAUGCUUUUUGGGAUAGCAGCAAACAGAGCUAUAUGCAGUACUUAGCAAUGAUGCUUACGAGCUGGGCUCUAGUCUGUGAUGUUUGGUAUCUGCCACCUAUGACUCGAAAGAGUAAUGAGAGUGCUGUAGAAUUUGCCAAUCGAGUAAAAGCAGAAAUUGCUAAGAAAGGUGGUUUAGUAGAUCUGAUGUGGGAUGGGCAGCUAAAACGCAUGAAAGUGAAACAAGAGUGGAUAGCAAAACAACAAAAGGAAUAUAGUAAACGACUGAAGGUGGAAUGAAAAAUGUGAUCCUUUGCUAAUCUUAAUUUAACUAGUCCCUGCGACCUCUCUUUGUACAUAUUUUAAUCUGUACAUGCCAUUUUUUGUGUUCAUUGUGGUGUGUAUAUUUGUUAUAGAUCAAUUUUUUUAUAUUGAUUGCAAAAAUAAAAUGUUUCCAUUUAGAAA